AUGACCUUGGCAGUGCUCCUGCGGAGGCACCUAGCGACACAUCGGGGCUACGCCAUAGCGCCAGACGGCAUCAGGCUGUUUUUUGAAAUCUUUGAGUGCCACGGCCAUACAGCUACCGGGUAUGCCGCUCCGGAAUCAGCGUGCUGUUAUGAAGUCCGAGCGACCGGGGCUCUUUUUGAAGGUAGCGUUAAUAUGAGCCCAGAUAAGGAGGCCGCAAGGGACGGGCAGGACCGCGCCGAGAUCAGUCCGAAACGUGCAAACAAGCAUUCAUUGAAUGGCGUGUCCGUAACGCCUGGGUCAGCGGUGGCAACGCCCACGGCUGCAGCCCUAGCAGUAUCGUCAGGAUCGGAAGCUGCAGCUUUAACAGCAGUAGCAGUAAUAGCAGGGCCACAGGAAGAAGGCAAUGUGGUAGGAAUGGGUUCAGCAGGAAAUAGCGCAGGCGCAGAUGUUGGAAGUGACGGCGGUAGCGAUGGGGGCCAGCACCGGCAAUCUGGUUUGCCUGGCUCCUCGUCGGAGCCGGGGAAGGCGGUAGUGAUGACGGCGGCAGAGCCUGUCGGGACAGCGCCAUCGGGAUUGGGGGGCCCAUGGAAGGCGGAGCUGGAGGCAAGUCAGGUCGGGAAAGCCGCCGCCUCUGCUGCCUUUGCUUCCACUUCCUCUUCAUCUACCGUCUCCGCCUUCGCUGCAUCCACCACUGGUUGCAAGGAGGAUGUGGCCAACGUGCUGCUCAUAAUGGGUUUUGCGGCGGGGCGAAACGGCUGGCUGCCGCUGAUCCAGCAUUGGAUGAAACAAGCGGAUUCGGAGCCCCUGCUUCGGCACCAGCGAGUCCGUUUCUGCGUUUUUGACAACCGGGGCAUUGGCGACAGCGACAGCCCUCCACACUCGAAACAAUACUCGACCACCGUGAUGGCGAGCGACGCGCUAGCAGUGAUGGACCGUUUGGGCUGGCACAAGGCCCAUGUGGUGGGGUUCUCCAUGGGCGGCAUGAUCGCGCUGCGACUUGCCGUACAGGCUCCAGAGCGGUUGCUUUCGCUGACGGCGCUCUCCGUCACCAAUGGAGGCUGGCAGGUUAUUCCCACUCGUUGGCGGGCGGUGAAGCUGCUGAUGCGGGCCGCAACGGCACGCACGCCACGAGAACGCGCGCACGCGGACGUGCACUUUCACUUCAGCCGCGCGACGUUGCAUGCGCAGAUACCCGUGCUGGACUCCUGCGAUGGCGGCGAUAGCGGUGGAGGCAAUCGUACGGUGGCGACGGCGCAGGUCCACCAGAGUGUGGAGACGGCACUCAUAGACGAAUACGUGUCAACGAGCCAAGAAGGCGCGCCUCAGCCGCAUUCGGGCGUUAUGGGACAGCUGCAUGCGGUUUGGAACCACGGUCUGUCGGUUUCGGAGCAGCGGCGCCUGCGACACCUGGCGGUACCGUUCAAGGUUAUCCAUGGCGACCAUGACAUGAUGGCAAUGCCGUCGUACGGCGAGCGCAUCGCAAAGCACACGGGAGCGGAGUUUAUUAUGCUCAGUGGCGGUCACUUUGUGGCUCGGGAAUGUGCGCCCGAGGUUUGCAUACACAUCGCGGAGAGCAUCGUGAGCGCGCGGAAGCUGAAGAGAGCUACCUAG